UUGUGAGGUAUGGGUAUGGGGUAUGGGAAUGGGAUGAUUCAUGACGGUGACGUCACGUUUAACCUUGUGACGCAUAAGCAAAAGAAAGUGUAAAAGUUCAUUCAUACAAAAAUCUAUAGAAAAAACUAAACAGAAAACUGAUCGCGUUUUUUUCUUACUACACCCGCAUAUAGCAGCAACCAGUACAAGUUUUUAUAUUGCUUGCUGUACAUGUUCUUAACAUGGACAAUGAACAAGGUCUGGAUAACCAUUCAAAAACAAUAAUUCAUAUCGACGUAGAUUGUUUCUACGCACAGGUCGAAAUGCUGAAGAAUCCUGAUCUCAAUUGUCUUCCAAUGGGUGUCUCGCAGAAAAGAUUUGUUGUUACAUGCAACUACAUAGCCAGAUCAGCUGGGAUCAAGAAGAUGAUGCUGAUAACAGAAGCAAAAGAGAAAUGUCCAGAACUAGUAUUAAUUAAUGGCGAAGAUUUACAUGAUUACAGACAAUAUUCCUACAAAAUCACUGAAUUGCUGUUGCACUCCUUUAGCUUAGUUGAGAGAUUAGGCUUAGACGAGAAUUAUAUUGAUGCUACUGAUGAAGUACACAAAAGACUACACAAUUAUAAGGGCGAUUUGGACCUAGUAGGAAAUGUUUUUGGUGACUCAAGUGACUUGUGUGAUUGUGGAUGUACUGAGCAAAUGAAAAUGGGUUCUAUUAUUGCCCAGGAAUUACGAGAUAAAAUAAAGACAGAGCUAAAGCUGACAACUUGUGCUGGCAUUGCACAUAACAAAUUAUUAGCAAAAAUAGCUGGUGGCAGGCACAAGCCUAAUCAACAGACUAUUGUAUUUCCUAACGAAGCUGUUGAAUUGAUUCUCAGCAUACAAUCACUACAAAAAAUCCCAGGUCUUGGCCAAAAAUUAUGUAAGGAUCUAGAAGCAAUAGGCAUUACUUCUAUAGAUGAGUUGCAGAAUUGUGAUUUUGCUCACCUCUCAGAUCUCCUUGGAUCAGAAAAAGCUAGAGCCACUUAUGAUUUAAGUUUUGGAAUAGAUAGAUCACCAGUUAAAACAACAGGCAAGCCACAAAGUAUUGGUAUAGAAGAUAGCAAACAUAUUACUGCAGAAGCAGAAGUAAUAGAGAAGCUCCAUGAGUUAUUAUCAAGGCUCUUAUUGUUGGUUGCUGAAGAUGGAAGAAUACCGCGCACAAUUCGAUUAACUGUCAGACAAACAAAUAAAACUUCUAGAGUGACAGUGCGUGAGUCAAGGCAGUGUAAUGUUAAUCCAUCUCUCUUUAACUGUAAAGAUAUCUCACAGCUCUCACAAAACAGUGUGAAUAAAAUUAUGUCAAUUAUCAUGAGGUUGUUCAGCAAACUAGUGGAUACAAAAAAGCCAUAUCAUUUGUCAUUGUUGGGUUUGGCAUUCACAAAGUUUUUAGAAAAGCCAAACAUAAGGAGCACACUGACCAAAUUUUUAUAUAAUAACAUGGAAGUACAGUCAAUUACAGACAUAGAAAAUAAAUAUGACAUUGGGAAAAACAGCCCAAAAGAAUCCUCUCCUUCAACAUCCUACUUUGAAAAUUCUGAUAGUAGUGAUAUAGAGCAGUCUAGCAAAAAGUGUAGAACUGAAAACCGUAUUGUAAGAAGAAGGUUCCAUAAUGAAGAUUGUGAUUCGCCAUGUAAAUUAAAAGUUGCUGAUUUGAGGUUGAAUUCAGUAGAAAAAUCAUCUGAUGAAAACCAGAAUGUUCCUUGUCCUCCAAAUGCUGAUGAAGGGGUAUUUAGAGAAUUACCCAAUGACUUACAGUUAGAGCUUUGGAAAGAUUACAAACAGAGUAGAGAGAGGAUUGGAAGUGAAGGAUUCAACAGAUCAAAGAAAACAAAGAAAAACACAAUAUUGGAUUACCUAGUUAAAUGAUGAAAAAUAAUGAUGUGCUGAAAUUGCUAUAUCUAAGUGUAGGUUGAAAACCUUGGUGGGUUUUUUGCAUCUCAAGAAAUCUCGAGUUGGAUAAGGCUGAAGAAAGAGAUAAAUUAUUAUAUAUAACGUAAGUAAUGACAGUUCUGGUUCUGUAUUACAAUGAAGAUACUCAACUAGUUGUAAGUUAGUAACUGUUGAUCAGUUUCAGAACAGUCUUAGAGAACGUGUCUAAGAAUUUGUAGGCUUAAUUUUUUAAAUGGCCCAAAUAUGCUUAGUGAUCUCAGUCUAUUUCUGGGGAGCCUCAGUGAAAUAUGUGUGAUUAGCAUAAUGAGAAUAUUCAAAAUUGGAGAUCAUUAAAAGCUCUCAAAAGGUGCUAUUCUGAAUUGACAUCCAUCAUCUCAAAAUAUAAAGGAAUGUGUGUCCCAUUCAGUGUUUUUGAUAUUGUUCUGUAGUUAUUAUGGUUGCGUUAUUGAAAUCACUCAAUUUGAUACAUUUGCUGAUCCUUAAUAAAAAUAAUUAAGUUCAUCAUAUAAUUUGGAUCCCCCUUGCAGAUGCUCAUUUAAACAGUGUUGUUGGCAUGGCAGUGGGCCACCCUAAUAAUAUUGACUGAUGAAAACAUUAAGAAAAGUGCAUGAUAUGGUUUUACAAGAUGCACAUGUAGAAUUACAUGGACCCAUUACAUGAUCUUGAACUAAAAAUUGUUGGAUGCUUUUAAAGAGAAAUGGGUUAAGAAGGGGCAUAUUGCUUGACAAGGAUAAUGCUUCCAUCUGUACUUCCUGCAUUACUAUGGUUGCACAACCCCAUGCAUGCUUUGAAUUGGUAGAUUAUGAAUGUUUUCAAAAUGAAAAGAAUAUAAAAAACUUUUCAAGUAAGCAACAACUGAUCUCUUUGGUAUAAGGGUGUUUUAUCAACCCUCUUACAUCUCAGCUGUAUUCACAAAUAGUUGUCACAUGCUACUUAUGUAAAAUUUUACAAAUUUUCUAUACAAAUCUGCAUACAUUUUUGAAUUAACCUGUGUGGAUUCAAUAACCAGCCAAAGUGGUAGAAUGAUGAAUGUAUAUAUUUUGCUGUAGCUUUAAUUUGUACUUUUUACACUUUUAAUAUUCAAUACCUUUACAAAUUCUUACAAAUUCUAUAUAUCCCUUAGUUAGGUUUUGAGGAUGUGUUCAUCAUUCAAUAUACAUUUAGUGUGUUUGUAAAAAUAUGUCUAUAUAGAUGUAUAGUGCUAAUGGAUUUUAAAAAUCUGUACUUAAUUUUUUGACUUGUUCAACUGAAAGCUAUACUCAGGUUAGUUCAUUGUGAUAUUAGAAAAAAUAUUCAUCAAAAUUGCAUUUUUUAAACAGCUUCUCAUCGUUAUUUUUAAACAAUGUAUGGUGAGUGUGGUAUACAUGUACAUAUUAUAUAUUCCAAUAUAAAUG